AUGCCGGACCGCGCAGCGCGGUGAGGACGCGCGCGGGCGGGCGGGGGCGCAGCCGGCACCAUGUCCAUGUUGCCCACCUUCGGCUUCACGCAGGAGCAAGUGGCGUGCGUGUGCGAGGUGCUGCAGCAGGGCGGCAACAUCGAGCGGCUGGGCCGCUUCCUGUGGUCGCUGCCCGCCUGCGAGCACCUCCACAAGAAUGAAAGCGUGCUCAAGGCCAAGGCGGUGGUGGCCUUCCACCGCGGCAACUUCCGCGAGCUCUACAAGAUUCUGGAGAGCCACCAGUUCUCGCCGCACAACCACGCCAAGCUGCAGCAGCUGUGGCUCAAGGCGCACUACAUCGAGGCGGAGAAGCUGCGCGGCCGGCCCCUGGGCGCCGUGGGCAAAUACCGCGUGCGCCGCAAGUUUCCGCUGCCGCGCUCCAUCUGGGACGGCGAGGAGACCAGCUACUGCUUCAAGGAAAAGAGUCGCAGCGUGCUGCGCGAAUGGUACGCGCACAACCCCUACCCCUCGCCCCGCGAGAAGCGCGAGCUGGCGGAGGCCACGGGCCUCACCACCACGCAGGUCAGCAACUGGUUCAAGAACAGGCGGCAGCGCGACCGGGCCGCCGAGGCCAAGGAAAGGGAGAACAGCGAAAACUCCAACUCCAACAGCCACAACCCGCUGGCUGCGUCGCUGAACGGCAGCGGCAAGUCGGUGCUAGGCAGCUCGGAGGACGAGAAGACGCCGUCGGGGACGCCGGACCACUCGUCGUCCAGCCCCGCGCUGCUGCUCAGCCCGCCGCCGCCGCCCGGGCUGCCGUCCCUGCACAGCCUGGGCCACCCUCCCGGCCCCAGCGCCGUGCCCGUGCCCGUGCCGGGCGGAGGCGCCGCGGACCCACUGCAGCACCACCACGGCCUGCAGGACUCCAUCCUCAACCCCAUGUCUGCCAACCUCGUGGACCUGGGCUCCUAGAGCCCCGCCUGCCUCAACGCGCUCGCCUUCCGGGCUUGGCGCUGGAGACCUGAGAGAGACGGUGUCCAGAGGGCGCCCCGCGCCGGCGGCCCCACCAGGUACUGAAAGACCCGCACGCGGAGCGGGCAGAACCGCCGGCCCGGCCCGGGCAGGGCGUUUCGCUCUCUGGUUUGGUCUUUGUUCGGGAUUUAUUUUCAACAAGUUGCUUUUGAGAUCCUUUGGAGGCCUGGGACCGGCCUUGAACCAGGGAAGGGAAUAAAUUAUACACCUUUCUCAUACCUUCUCUUCCCUUCUCUUGGCUCUUUCCCUUCUUUGCCUCCCUUGCUCUUUCUGCCUUUUCCUUCCUUCUCUCCUCUCUUCUCCUUUCUCUCUCCCCUUCUUGCUUUCCUCCUUUUCUCUGUCUCUGUUUCCCUCCGUAUUUCUGGCUUCCCACCUCUCACUAGGUUUCUGUUUCUCUUUCUCUGUUUUUCUGUUUCUCCUCUCCGCCAACCUCUUGCACGCCUGGCCCCUCGAUCUCUACCCCUCAGUCUUUCUCCUCGUGCCUGGCCGUCUAUUUGUCCCCCACCCCAUCCCUCUCUUUCAGGGGUGAGAGAUGCAGGGGAAAGAGCAAAGGAAAGAUAGGACCUUUGAACCCAGGCCUUCUUCAGAGGCCCUCCCCCGGGGGUCAGCGGGGCUGCAGGUGUCAGCUUUGCGCCUAGUAACUUAAGUGAAAGAAAGAGGGCGGCGGCGCGGAAGCCCCUGAACGCCCCCUUGCCUCUGGCCCCUCUCUCGGUGAGGCCUCGCGUCCGCUCUCCUCUUCCUCCCGGGACUGUGGCCACAGUGCUCCCGGCAGAGCCUGCCUUCCGAGCCGCGGACUUGCCGUCUCCCUGUUAUGCCCUCAUGUGAAUGUUCUUCGGGAAAUAUUUCUGCUUUUAUUUUAUAAUAAAAUUAGAAAUCAUAAAUAUA